UUCGGACAUUCUGGCGGACAACACCGGGGGAUCGAUUGAAUAGUGAUGUGAGCGGCGAGAUGAACCGAUGAGGGUCGAAAAACAACAAACACGCGCGUCCUUGGGGGCAGUUGGGCAUUAACAAACAUCGAUACCCCGAAGAUUGUCAUGCGGGUGAGUGAACCGAUAAUAAGGAACGGAGACGAGGGACCAGCAAUAAUGGAGUAACGGAGGACGUGAAUACGGAGCCACCACUGGCUUUCGGAUUGGGGACGAUUAAAGUGAAGAGAAAAAGAGACGUAGAAAUUGAAGAAUAAGAAGAUCAGGAGUUUUUCUGCGGUUGAAAAGGACGAUGGAGAAGUUCGGAGAGUUGCCAAAACGGGAUUGGGGCCAGCGGCUGAGUCUGCGGGGAAGCCGGAGGAGUCAUCAGGGAGAACUCGGCGGCACGCGGACGAUGACCGGUGGAUCGGUGAGGAGCACGAGGAGAUGGGCGAGUCUUCGGCAGCAUGUGACCAGCGGUGACAGAGGAAAGCCGACUAUUGAAUUAUUGCUGGAUCGUGAAACAAACUCAAGGGCACCGACGCCCAGCACUGGACCGCAUUCUCCGAAUACACCUAGGACGCCUCAUACGCCGGUUAAAAAGUCCAAUUGGGAGGUUAUCGAACAUUUUACGGGGGGGCCUAGGCCGUCUAUAGUCACGAUGGGCGUAGGAUCGGAGAUUGGUGUAAGUCUGGCCACGACAGGUCGAGAGCCACUGUCUGAAUGCGGUCUGAAUGCUGGUCUUACGGAUAGUGGAAGAACAUGCGCCCUGAGCCGCUUUCUCAGCGCCCUUUGUUCGUCACACAGGUUCAAGAAUCUCCAGGUGGAGAUGCUGUAUCAACGGUAUUUCCUGAGGAUGAACCAGAGCAACAUGACACACGUACUGGGACUCUUGACUGGCCUGACAAUUGCCCUUGGACUGCUGGUGCUCAGACUUGUGGCCAAUAGUGAUCUGUCUUUCAUCGGGCUCCUACGUAGGUCUGAAAAUCUGUUCUUGUCCCUCACGUUGCUCGCCUGCAUCGCCACCUAUGCAGUUUUAGUGGCGGCGAUAUCAAGGCCGGGGAUGAAUGAAGUUUGGCUGGCGGGUGUGAGUGGUGCAGUUUUAGUGACCUUACUCGGACUGCAGAUAGCCCUGAAUAUUCAUCUGGCAUAUCUCCCAGCUUUCGAAGAGGAAGAGAUAGAUACGCUUGACGACAGCGAAACUCCUAGGGACUCGGAUGCAUUUACAAGUACAGUGCCGACUGUGAGAUUGGAUCAUCUGCGUACUGGUGGUCCCCUGGCUGCUGCAUGGGCUGUAUGCUUCUUCAUUUAUAUGGCAUAUGCUCUGCUACCCAUACGACUGAGAUAUGCCUGUAUCGCUGGUGUUGCAUUUUCAACGGCCCAUCUCAUUGGGGCUCUUCUACUGUACUCACAGGAUUAUCCAGCGAUUUUGGCACAUUUGUUGAGCUCGAUUGUUGUCGUAGGCGGUACGAACGUGGCUGGUGCAUUAACGCAUCAUCCCCGGGAGUUAGCCCAGAGACAAGCUUUCCUGGAAACACGUCAAUGCGUCGAAGCCCGGCUGACCACGCAACGAGAAAAUCAACAACAGGAACGAUUGUUACUGAGUGUAUUACCGCGGCACGUUGCGAUGGAAAUGAAGGCCGAUAUUGCCGGAAAACCGAAGGACACCAUGUUUCAUAAAAUCUACAUUCAAAGGCAUGAGAAUGUCAGCAUUCUGUUUGCGGAUAUAUGUGGCUUCACGUCACUAUCCGAUCAAUGCACUGCUGAGGAACUCGUGCGGCUGCUCAAUGAACUAUUUGCGAGAUUUGAUCGUCUCGCUUCGGAACACUACUGUUUGAGGAUCAAACUCCUCGGGGAUUGUUAUUACUGCGUAUCAGGCCUGCCCGAGGCUAGACCGGAUCACGCUCACUGUUGCGUCGAAAUGGGACUAGACAUGAUUGAUGCUAUCACACUCGUCCGAGAAGUUAUGGCUGUCAACGUAAACAUGAGAGUUGGCAUCCACACUGGACGAGUUCAUUGUGGCGUUUUAGGCCUCCGUAAAUGGCAGUUUGAUGUAUGGAGUAAUGACGUGACUCUGGCAAAUUACAUGGAGAGUGGCGGUAUCCCCGGGCGUGUUCACAUAACGAAAGAAACACUGGACUGCCUCGGUGGUGAUUACGAGGUGGAAGAGGGUCACGGUGGUGAGCGCAAUACCUACUUGAAGGAUCACAGAAUUCAAACCUACUUAAUAGUCCCCGGUGAUACGUUUAAAGACAACGUAACCAGCCCCAACAUGAAAAAACCUUAUCCAGCAAAUGGAAACAUUUCAAAGGAGAUGAGGAUGAUGGGUCACGGUUCACAGCACGGAAAGCAGGCGAAACUUGGCUUCGGUGAAACCAUUGAAAGUGAGAAGGAUCCCGAGGAUGAAGUGAAUGAGUACCUGAUGAGGGCCAUUGAUGCACGUAGCAUAGACAGACUCCGUGCUGAACAUUGUACCCCAUUUCUCCUGACAUUUAGACGGCCUGAUAUUGAGGAGAAAUAUUCAAGAGAGCGUGAUCGUAUGCUAUCAGCAUACUUCGUAUGCUCUGGUUUCGUUUAUAUCGUUGUUGUUGUUGCAAUAGCAAUUACCCUGUCUGGAAGUGUUUACUUCUACGCGUGCACGGGUGUUAGUUUGUUCAUAAUAAUUCUCAUAAACAUUGUCUUACUAGCGGAGAAAAAUGAGAGAGUGCCACAAUGCAUGAGAAACGCAGCAAUUGCUAUAUUUGAGAAUCGAAUGGUGGCACAAAGCAUCGCCUCGAUUGUUGUCUUCCUCACAUUCAUAACAGUGCUCUCUCCAUUGGUGACCCUCGACAACAAUGAUAUCUGUCGGAACAACACAACGCCCGCAGCUUCUCAUGAAAAUUCUUCCGUUGUGGUUCAAAGCAUCCCUAUCUCUCCAGGACCCUGUUACUAUACAUUAUUCACAGACUUAUUUCCAGUGCUGGUAAUGCUUGUAAUGAUAACAUGUGCUGUAUAUCAGAUACUCACAUCAGUUUUCAAAGUGGCUGUAUUGAGUAUUGUAGUUGCUUGUUAUUUGUCCGUGAGUAUCUAUCAAGCGCUCAAUGAGGAAAACAUCGAUCAGACUGGUAGAUGGCUAGCUGGCGUUCUGGUGAUAUUCUUCAUGGCUUUUCUCGUCGCCCACUCUCAACACACCGAGGCAACUUAUCGCCUUGACUUCCUGUGGAAACUCCAAGCGACUGAGGAGAAGGAGGAGAUGGAGCAUCUCAAAGCCUACAACCAGAAACUACUUGCUAACAUUUUACCUGAGCAUGUAGCAACACACUUUCUCUCUACCUUCAACAGUGACGAACUCUAUCACGAACAGUGUGACUUUGUCUGCAUAAUGUUUGCGUCCAUUCCAAACUUUUCGGAAUUCUAUGUGGAGCUCGAGGCUAAUAACGAAGGGGUUGAGUGCUUGAGGCUGUUGAAUGAAAUCAUUGCGGACUUCGAUGAAUUACUCGCUGAAGAGCGAUUCAAGUCCAUUGAAAAGAUCAAAAGCACUGGCUCAACAUACAUGGCAGCUUCAGGCCUCACCAAGAGCACUCGGGACACGAAAGACUUCAAACACGUGACGGCAAUGGCUGAUUAUGCUCUACGUAUACGCGAUCAAUUGGCCUACGUGAAUGAGCACAGUUUCAAUAACUUCAAGAUGAGGGUGGGAAUAAAUAUAGGACCUGUCGUUGCAGGAGUGAUUGGUGCACGUAAGCCGCAGUAUGAUAUUUGGGGUAAUGCUGUCAAUGUUGCAUCGAGAAUGGAUUCAACGGGUGUACUUGACGGCAUUCAGGUGACCCAAGAGGUUCGUGAUAUCCUGCAUCCUAAGGGGUAUCCAGUCACCUGUCGGGGGACUAUUCAAGUCAAGGGUAAGGGAAGCAUGGUCACGUAUUUUCUUGAUGGACCGAGGGAUCCGUCCAAGAUGACUACUAUACCGGAAAAUGAUGCUGGACAUCUCGAUAAUCAUGUGGAGAAGAUAAAUAAUUCAAGUCAUGGAAUGACAUUGUGAGAGUACUAAUCGGCUGAUUCAUCGUGAGAAUCCUGAUAUCUGGGAGAUGUGUAUUCUAUCGGUUAUUGUUACUGACUGAUGUUCGAUGUAAUACUUCUAGAUUAAAUAACGAGCGGAGACAUUGAGAAGGUCACGAGGAGUAGAGGAGAUCGAAUGUUGCUUCUGCGAAUGUUGGAGCGGAAGUUGAGAUACAACUUAAUGAUUCAUGUCUACGAAUUUCCAGGAGGACCUGAAAUCCUGAUCAAUCAGGAGAUCGGAAUUAUUCAUGGGGGGCUUGAGGCAGUGCAACUUGGACGAAACUACGCACAUUUGGCCCAGUGGAAUAUGUAUAUUUUUUAUCCUAGUUUGUAGAGUAGUUACACUCAUACUCUUUUGACGAAUCAAGUGAUAUGAAUUAGAGCUCUCGACUGUCUGUACUGCCAAGUCGAUUGUCGUCAAAUGCGUGUCAAAGGCGUGGACAGCGAGAUACUUACCUUCUGUUUAGGGACGUUAUCAUGAAGUUAUGAGCACCGAAGAAAGGUAAAUUAGGACGUUGGGAAACGUCAAAUGAUAAGCAAGCUCUCUCUGCGUUCUGUACUAUCGACGGUUGACGUUGGAAAGAUGAGACUUAGCAGCGGUCAAUGACGACUGAUGCUAGACGAUUCCACUAUUAGAUCAUUCAACUGAAAAUUUUGAUCAGAAUUAUCAACUCGUAUUAACGGCGGAGAAGGAAUUCAAGGGUUCUUCCAUGAUGCCUAGCCAUCGGCAUUGUAAAUAACAUUCAAUUAUGAUAAUCACAUUGUCUAUUACUAGUCCAAUGUUACUGAACAGGCCUCUUUGUUAAACAAUAGUUGAAUAAGAAGACAAACAAAUAUUUAUUUUUAGAUGAAACAGAUAAUUCAAUUUGAACAUUUUCCGCACAUUCCAUGCGCAUUGAUGGCGCAAUUAUUUUUGGUGCUACUAAAUAUUCGAAAAUGUAUUCUAGUCAGUAGAGAUGAUGGAUUGGAUUAUGGCAUGUUGGUGAAGUUUAAUACAACGAAUGAUCGAUUAUAUGAUCGUUGCUUCGAUUGGAAUUUCAUGAUGUUUGGGGACCACGGUUGUAGAUGGAUAAAGUUAGAGAUAUUUAUCUAUUGGAGUGAGAUAAGGGGAAAAUGUGAAUGCAUAUGCAUAUACAGUUGAUCUUCGAUUGCAAGUUGAGGUGGAAAUAAAGAGAAAGUUCUAUGCGCUAUACAUGUGAAGUAAGACAAAAAUAUAUUUAUGGCGCUCUUCAAAUUCAUAUUGAGAAAAUGGAAUCUCAUACUAUUUGAAUGUAUCACAUUACCACGGUGAUGAAUACGCUUAAGUAUCGUUUACAUGUGGUACGUGUGGUAUCGUCAAUAUUUUGGCAGAGCGUGUGCUAUUUCAAUGUGCCUGACUGGUUAAAUGUGAAGCAUUAGGUUUAAGUUUCCAAAUGUGAAUGUGUCGCGCGUACUUAAGAAUAAAUAUGUGAUAAAGAUGUUAAUUAAUACGUAUAAACUUCUAUUAUAAGUACCUUCAAAAUGUCUGUAUAUGCCCAACAAAUGAAAGAAAAUAUUAACUGUCAAUCGAAUAUUUCAGCGUCCAAAUUACUAGUCUAUUUGUGCUUUGACAAAGAGCAAAACUCUCAAUGAACACAAUUAUAACUAAGUUUAAAGAGAAUGAAACAGUAUGUAUUUUGAAUCAAGGAGAACGAAUUACGAUAAAUAUUGACUCGAAAGUACUUCAAGUCCCACCUAAUAGUCAAUAACAGGGAGAAAUGAUUCUAGUGGAAAAAUAGUAUUAUUAAAAUUUUAAUGAAUGAUUUAGAUGAUUUAGAAUUUAAAAAUCUGUACACAAUGUUUGACAUUUCUUCAAGGCCUAACAAACAACUGAAAUUAUAUCUGAAUGCGAGAACUACUGCGAUCAUUUAUUUGUGCAAUGAAACAGUUUGCCAUCUUUUAAUUGUGCAAUGGACAAAUUUUAUCAAGUUCGUGAAAUACAUUUUUGAAUAAAAUGAUGUAAGGAAUA